ACUGACUGAAGGGUCGAGGUAGGGAGAUCAACUACGAUCUACGAUUAUGUGAUGAAGUAGGAAUAUUUGAAAUUCCCCAACAUAUUAUUGGUGCAUAGAACAAUUCAAUCUAAGAUAUCUCCGUUUUAGUUCGCAUGUGUGAUGCAGUGAAGACGUUAGAAGAAAUUGUGUGAAUAUUUACUAGACAGUAAUCAUGGAUUAUAACAUAUGCAUAAGACAAAAUCAACUACAAAAUUUCCAGCAGUUUAUUGAUUCUGCCAAACACAACUUGAAUUCUAUUCUUGAUGCAAUUGGAUGGACUGAGAAUGAAGUUCGAAAGGAUGAUAAUUUGGUGAUUUGUUCUUUUGAUAAAACACAUCGUGUAAGCCCAAAAAAUAUCCAAGAACACCUUAAAAAUUGUUUGAUGAGGAAGCUUGGUUAUAACAUUGAUGAUGUUCAGCUCUCUGAACCAGUUAACAAACCAAGCUCAUCUUCAAUUACUAUUGAUAAUGCCACAAAGGAGCAUCUUUUUGAAAAGGGAAGACAAAAAUUCAAGGAUUUUAAAAGUGGUUGGAACGGUAAAGACCCAGACCCCAAGACUGCCGAUAGACUUUUGAGCACUUUCUCCACUGAUGAAAGGCUUGCUCUUUAUAGGUAUGCCAUAUCUAAGACUGAGGGACCUGAAAUUCCACCUGAAUUUAAUCUAAGUCAGCAGAGUAUGGAUGACAAAGAACUUUCAUACGAAGAGCGACUGGAGCAUGAACGAAACAUGAAACGUCGCCGAAUAAAGUACAAAUCAGUUCACACUAAUCACAAAAAUUACAAUGAAGAAAUCCGUGAAGUUAUCUCUAAUCAAAUGGAACUUUUAAAGGCCGUAAAUUCCGUAAAGCAAUUGCAUGAUCCAGAAAGUCGUUCUCCUUCUAGGCAGCGAAGUAAAAGCCGCAGUCGAAGUCCUAAAAUUUCAAAGCAAGAUUCAGAAGAGAAGUUAAACAACAGAAAUGGCUCGCAUGAUGAAUUACGAUCAGUCGGUAGUAGAUAUUCGUCCCACUCUAGAUCAAGCUCACAUCACAAAUUGAGAUGUAGAUCCAGAAGAAGAUCUUCCGACUAUAGAGACAGAGAAAGAGAUAGAAGCCAUGAACACCGAAGAGAUACGUACCGCGAAAAACGCAGAUAUGAAGAGGGAAGAGAAUCACCCGUCUAUUUUUCCAGAAAUUCAAGAGAGCCCAGUCGUGGGGACUAUAGGAAUGAUCGAAAAAGUAGGAGUCGGAAUAGUUACGAUCGGGAGCCUGACAGACGCGACAAAGAUAAAUAUCAUAAAGAUUAUUACAAUAAAGAUAAAUACGAAAGGAAACAUUACCAUGACGAUCGACGUAAACAUUAUAGAAAUGAUCAUCAAGAAUCGCGAGAUAGAGAAAUGAAAAAGAGAAGGGUAUCGUGUGAUAACUAUAAUAGGAGGUCGUAUGAUAGGCGUUGAUAUAGCAUGAUAAAGUGAGAAGUUUAUCAUUUUGUUUUAUUGCAAUUGUUGUACUGAUUAUCGCCUGAUUUAAUAACAUUGUUUUGUAUUUUCUUUAAA